UGUGAGCGUGCCUCUGGCCAUUGGGUCUGGAUUAAGUGUUGGAAAAGAAGGUCCUGCUGUACAUACAGCCGCUUGUGUUGGAAAUGUCGUUUCAAGAAUGUUUGGAAAAUAUACUAGAAACAAAGCCAAAAUGCGUGAAAUUUUGUCCGCCUCGUGCGCGGCUGGUGUUGCUGUUGCUUUUGGUUCUCCUAUUGGUGGUGUUUUAUUUUCAUUCGAAGAAAUGAGUUCAAAUUUUCCUAUGAAAACUAUGUGGCGUAGCUUUUUUUGUGCUUUGGUAGCAACUGCUGUUUUACAGGCUAUGAAUCCUUUCAGAACUGGAAAACUUGUCAUGUUUCAAGUCACUUAUGAUAGGGAAUGGCAUUAUUUUGAAAUCGUCUUUUUUGUAAUAUUGGGUGCAUUUGGCGGUUUAUACGGCACAUUAGUCACAAGAUUCAAUAUUAAGGUUCAAUAUUUUAGGAAAAAGUACUUAAAAGAUUAUGCAGUGACUGAAGCAGUUAUACUUGCUGUAAUUACAGCAAUAUUCGGUUAUCUUAAUAUAUUUAUGAAAUUAGACAUGACUGAAGCUUUAGGACUCCUUUUUGAGGAAUGUGAAGGGAAGAAACAUUAUGAUUAUGAAGGUCUUUGCAAAAACUCGGAUUUUUCGAAAGGAUCAGAGAUUGUUAGAAUGAUGGUGCUAUUAUUGAUAGCAACCAUUCUUCGAACUGUUUUCAUUAUAAUAUCUUAUGGAGCGAAAGUUCCUGCUGGAAUAUUUAUCCCUUCAAUGGCCGUAGGUGCUACCUUUGGAAGAUUUUUUGGUCUUUUCGUGAAAUCUUUUCAUGCUGCAUAUCCUACAUUUCCAAUGUUUGCAUAUUGCAAACCUGAUGUACCAUGUGUCACACCUGGAAUGUACGCAUUUUUGGGUGCUGCUGCUGCUUUAAG